AUGCCGACAAUCACCACCUUUGUAGACGACCAGUCUCCUCUCAUUACAUAUUCGGGCGCGUGGUCAUCGGGCCCAUCGACGGAACCUGCCCUCGCCGACUACUACUACCUCGGGACUUACUCGUUUAGUAGCGAUCCUUCCCAAUAUGCAACCUUCAGCUUCAACGGUACAGGUCUAGGCGUAUACGGCGGAAAACGUAAUAAUCAUGGGCUUUACUCGGUCGUUGUGGAUGGAGAGACGUACAUUGGUAAUGGGAAUACUUCCACGUACGAGUGGCAAACGGCGCUUUAUAGUAACCAGAGUGGCAUGGCGCAGGGGAUGCAUACCGCAACAAUGGGUUCUGCAGUCAAAGGCUCUUUAUUCGGCUUGGACUUUGUAACUUGGGAGACAGAAGUGGGAAAUGAUGACCAGAAGCUGGUCUCUGUUAUGGUUCAAGACACUGAUCCCAGCUUCGACUACCAAGAUACCGGUGCAUGGAGUGGAGCACCUGAGAAUGGAUACAUGUUCAACAGAGGUACUGGACAUACAACAUCCACCGAGAAUGCCUCUGCGACUUUAACGUUUACCUUUGACCCACGACUCAUGAUAUACGUAGGGGACGUGAUAAACCUGUACGGUUCCGUCGGGACCAACAACGGCCAGUAUUCCGUUGUCAUGGAUGGUGAAGCGCCUGUCACGUACAUCGCUACGAGACCCUGGAAUCUUUAUCAGGUGAUGAUAUACCAUGCAAGUAACCUGGGCCCCGGAGAGCAUCGCCUAACAGUGACCAACCUUCCUAACGGCGGGAGCCAGAACCUGGCCAUCGAUUAUGCCGAAGUCAUGGUCUUGAUCGACGACUCCGAUACCACUUGCUUUAGUGGAACUUCUGGCAUUGAAACGCAGAUGCACACCUCAUCAACGCGUCCAAGCGCCGGAACUAUAGCAGGUUUGGUCGUGCUCGGCGCAACGACAGUCCUAGCCCUUUCCGCGCUAUUUUGGUUAUGGCGUCGGUGGAAGCUAUCAGAAGACCGGUACACCAACCUGUACCGUAAUUUUGCUCAACGCGAACCUCGUGGGAUGCGCUUUGCUUCAGCAGCAACAACAUCGUUGGACACAGGGGAUCCUACCUUUCGUAACAGAUCUUCAGUCUCGGACGCAGCACGGAGAGAUUCUCCUGACGAUAAUGAUCCUUUCGGCUAUGAUACUGGCGCUGAUAGCUCGACACCGUUUUACCAUAGCGACGCUACGGGCGAAGCCCAUGAUAUAGAGCUGCAGCGAAGACACUCCACCUCCACCGCACAUUAUACGGGCUUACCGGAAUACACGUCGGAUAUAUAUGAGAGGGCGAAUCAGACUUGA